GGCAUCCCGCGCCCGGCCGGGGGAGGCGGUGGCGAUCCCCGGGCGCCCCGGCCCGCGUUGCCAUGAGGACGCGGCGGCCGCCCCGGCGGGGAGGGACAGGCGACGGCGGUACCUGCGCCCAACGCGGCCGUAGGGGGCAGAGCUGAGCUGAGUCGAGUCGGGCCGGGCCGCGCCGCGCAGGAGCUCCGCACCCCGCGCCGCGCCGCACCGUCCCCGGUCCCGGCGGGAGCCGCCGCCGCCGCCGCCCGGAAGAAACUGAAGUGCGAAAGACGUGACUGAAAAAGAACAAUUGGAAGGAACAGAUUCAUUUCUUAACAAGAUCAAGUUUGAAUUAAAUGGCUGAUAAACAGAUCAGUUUACCUGCCAAGCUGAUCAAUGGAGGGAUAGCUGGGCUGAUCGGGGUCACCUGUGUAUUUCCAAUUGACCUGGCAAAAACUCGCCUGCAGAACCAGCAGAAUGGUCAACGAAUGUACACCAGCCUGUCUGACUGCCUCAUUAAAACAAUUCGGUCGGAAGGCUACUUUGGCAUGUACAGAGGGGCUGCAGUGAACCUGACUCUAGUGACACCAGAAAAGGCUAUCAAAUUGGCAGCCAAUGACUUCUUCCGGCAUCACCUCUCCAAAGACGGGAAAAAGCUGACACUGCUGAGGGAGAUGCUGGCAGGCUGUGGUGCAGGUACCUGCCAGGUGAUUGUCACCACUCCCAUGGAGAUGCUCAAAAUCCAGCUGCAGGACGCAGGACGCAUUGCGGCACAGAAGAAGCUCAUGGCGGCGCAGGCCCAGCUCUCCUCCUCCCAUGCGGCGGCGGCCGAGCCGGCUGUGGAAAGGCGCCCCACAGCAACCCAGAUAACCAGGGAGCUGCUGCGGAGCAAAGGCAUCGCAGGACUCUACAAGGGCCUGGGAGCCACGCUGCUAAGGGAUGUCCCAUUCUCCAUUGUUUACUUCCCGCUGUUUGCAAACCUGAACAAGCUGGGCCAAAAAGACCCCAAUGUCAAGGCUCCGUUCUACGUGUCCUUCCUCUCUGGAUGUGUGGCCGGCAGUACGGCUGCAGUGGCUGUCAAUCCUUGUGAUGUGAUCAAAACACGGCUGCAGUCCUUGCAGAGAGGAGUGAAUGAGGACACCUACUUGGGGAUCCUGGACUGCACCAAGAAGAUCUGGCAGAAGGAAGGGCCCACGGCCUUCUUCAAAGGGGCCUACUGCCGAGCCCUGGUCAUUGCUCCUCUCUUCGGCAUUGCACAAGUUGUCUACUUCGUCGGCAUUGCGGAAUUCCUGCUGGACAUGCUCCCCAAGCACCAGGCCUAGCCCUGGAGUGGCUGCGUGUGCCCUCCCGCCCUCUGCAGCACUGGAUUCAUCCCCGUGUUCGCCAUCCGUGUCGAUCGAUGUCAGAGCAACAGCACAAAGGGUUCACGCAGGGACGUGAAGGGACCUGGUGCCCAGAUGGGUAGACGUGGGGAGGGAGAGUCCCUUCUCUGCCGACGUCUGGAACCUGCCCCCUCCCGCUCCUUCCAUGGACAAUACUUAAUUAUUCCUCUCUCUAUCUCUUUCCUUUUAAUUUCCCAUUUUUUUGGUUUUAAAUUGUCAUUCUUAAGGACACUGGUAAGCACAGACUGGGCUUGCGGACCCAGAAGUCUUCUCUCAGUCUUGCGGAGGAGGAGAGAUGGGAAAGAAGUAACUUCAACCCUCAUCCACCUCAGUUUCCCUUUCUACCUGGAGCUGCCAGCCAUCUGAGGAGGAGCUGGAGGGGCAGCUGUGUCCCCUCAGUACCUCCUUGGCUCUGCUGACCUCGGGUCAAGAAGUGAAAGCUGCACAAAGGGGACUUAUCUCAUUGCUGCUGGAGGCAGGGGUGGGGGGAUGCUGGCUCUGGCAAGUUCCUUAGCCUGGAAACCUUCAGUCCUUCCUUCUCCCUUUUUGAAAACUAGUUGGACUUAAAUGAAUUCUGACUGUUCCUAUUGAUUUUGUAAUUAUUUUUGUUUUAAAGCAAAGGGAUGUCCCUCCUAACUAGGUGUCACAGGCACAUCCGGGUGAGGUGCAGAAAUAAGGUGUCUGUUCUGUAGGGAACAUGUCUGUGGGAUCACAUGAAUGUCCAAAGGUAUUUCCCUGCUUGGCUACAGGCACGGAACAGAGAGGAACUUGGGAUCAAGUUAUUUUUGUUUUGGGGUGAGUUUUUCUGGGGUUUUUUUGGGGGGUUUGUUUUUGUUUUAUUAGUUUGUUGGGGGGUGUUGGUUUUUUGGGGUUUUUUGGGUUUUUUUGUGGGGAUUUUCUUUAGUUCUAUUUUUUUUUCCUGGUUUUUUUUUUGUUUUUGUUUUUG